GAUGGAAUGAGGCGCCGCAGAGCUCUCCUCUUCUGGCUUUUACGCAUCUGAGUUUGUUUUGUUUUCUCCUGAACCAUGUACGGAUAGCGCAGGAUUUCGCUGGACUGAAUCUGCACCGCCUGCUUUUGCAGAACCCGCACUCGGGCCUGUCGGAAUACACAAGAACUUCUUCCACUCUGGACUCUUUAUGGAAGUUUUCCCGAUGAGCCCGCCGUGAGUUUGGCCCUUUUCCUCCGCAGCCAACCACCAUGGGCGCCCUGGUCCGCGCCGCCUGCAGGUCUGCUUUGCCUCUGGGCUGCGCGCUGUUGCUGUUUGCUUACUUUUCCGUGGCUUCGCCGCCCCACGGCCGCCGGCUGGUUUGCUGGCAAGCCAUCAUGAUGUGUCAAGCCGAGUCCCAGUGCAAUUACGCGUUCGACCACUACAACCGCGCGUGCGGGUCCGUGCUGAACGGGGAGAGGAAGAAGUGCCCCAGCCACUGCAUCUACUCCCUAGUCCAGCUCAACCUGACCAAGAACGGCCCGGCUCUGGAGGACUGCAGCUGCGACCACGACACCGUGUGCCUGCGCACCAAACGGGCCAUCGAGCCCUGCCUCCCCAGGACUACCAGCACGGGCUGCACGGAAGCCCGGCACCAGUGCGAGCGAGACCCGCAGUGCAGCUCGGCCAUGCACGAUUACUUGCACCACUGUGGGAAACUUUUCAGCGGCGCGACCUGCACCAACGCCUGCAGGCACGUGAUCGCCAACCUGCGUAAAAUCCCCAAGGGCCAGCAGCUGGAUACGUGCGCGUGCGACGGCACGGAGAGACCCAUCUGCGAGUACGUGAAGAGCAGCAUGAAGGCGCUCUGCUUCGACAACCCCGACACGUACGAGGCCAGCGGGACCACCUGGACCACCACCGACGACGAUGACGAUGAAUUCGACGUGGACCCGGGGGAGCCGGUGGAGAGAUACUCCACCGUGCAGAGAAACGGCGCUGCGCCGUUACGCGCGCGCCCCUGCGUCCUGGCUCUUCUGCUCGCAUCCACCUCUGCUCUGCUGGCCCUCUUCUAACCCCAAACUUUGUGUCCCUGCAACAAUAGAUAGAUGGACGUCUAUUUUGCAGCGAGUUUCCCAUGAAAUUGGGAUAUUUCUAUGCAAAAAAAAAUCACAUCUUUUUGCUUGUAAGAGAAUCUCACCCAGACAGACUGACAAAUUCAACGUUUAAUCAGAAUAAUCAGCCAUGCACUGCCUGUCUUUUCUUUUUCUUUUCUUUUUUUUUUAAAUAAGCAUGAACUAUUUUUAUAUGACAGCCGGUUGCCAUUUCGCACCAGAAAAUCUGAUUUAGUAUUUAACGUUGGAAACCUGUAAAUAGAUUAGGAGUUUUAAGUGAAACAGUAAUUUAUUACGUGUCUCCAAGUUUCAUCCAAAUGUCAAAUAUGUGUAAAAAAGAAAAAAAGAAAAGAAAAUUCAGCUUUAAAGGGAAGUUAUUUUAACUAAGAGAGUGUAUAUUCACUGUAUAUAUGUGUAUAGCCUAUAUAUAGAUGUUUUUUUUCCCAGAGAAUUCUUUAUGUUUUAGGCUAUGAAAGGAUUUAUUCACAAAAAACAGAUGAAAAAAUGUCUAAAUUCACUGUAUGAUUGCCUUAAUGAUAUAUCUUUAUGGAAGGCAUAAAGGAAACUUGAAGAAAAAAAAGUGUCAUUUGUUGUAAGUUGGAAAACACUUUGUUUUUUUUUAAGGUGGUAUGAUUAAAAAAAAACGCUGGUG